CAGCGCGUGCGUGCGCAUGCGCGAAGCGCGGCGCGCGCGGCUGUUGGGCCGCUGGCUGUGGGGCCCUGGGAUCCUCUGCGUCUCCGCGAGCAGUCCGCUUUGAGUCGGGAGCCGCCGUGAACACCCGGAUUCCAGCGGGCGCUUGCGAGCACGGGGGCAUCGCCCGCAGCGGCCAAGCUCAUGGCCGGCUGAGCGGGACGCCGCCUCCGCCUCAGCCGCCGCCGCCGCCGCCGCCUCUCCCUCCUCAGCCGGCGGCGGCCCGGGCCCAGCAGCCAUGGCCGAAGACUACUGGGACGGUCGCCUGCGGCGAACUGGAGGAAAAGGAGGUCGCGCGGCCUCAUUUCAGGCCGCCGCCCCAGGCGCCGCCGCGCCGGCCCCGCGGCUCUGAGGUUACUCGCGCGCCCCCUCCGGUUGCCAUGGAUCGGAUGAAGAAGAUCAAACGGCAGCUGUCAAUGACACUCCGAGGGGGCCGAGGCAUAGACAAGACCAAUGGUGCCCCUGAGCAGAUAGGCCUGGAUGAGAGUGGUGGUGGUGGUGGCAGUGACCUUGGAGAGGCCCCUACCCGUGUUGCCCCUGGGGAGCUUCGCUCUGGACGGGGCCCACUCAGCUCUGCACCAGAAAUUGUGCACGAGGACAUGAAGAUGGGGUCUGAUGGGGAGAGUGACCAGGCUUCAGCCACAUCCUCAGAUGAGGUGCAGUCUCCAGUGAGAGUACGCAUGCGCAACCACCCACCACGGAAGAUCUCCACUGAGGACAUCAACAAACGCCUGUCACUACCAGCUGACAUCCGGCUACCCGAGGGCUACCUUGAAAAGCUGACCCUCAAUAGCCCCAUCUUUGACAAGCCUCUUAGCCGGCGCCUCCGCCGUGUUAGCCUGUCUGAGAUUGGCUUUGGAAAACUGGAGACCUACAUCAAGCUGGAUAAGCUGGGUGAGGGUACCUAUGCCACUGUCUACAAAGGCAAAAGCAAGCUCACAGACAACCUUGUAGCACUCAAGGAGAUCAGACUGGAACAUGAAGAAGGGGCACCCUGCACUGCUAUCCGGGAAGUAUCCCUGCUCAAGGACCUCAAGCAUGCCAACAUCGUCACACUACAUGACAUUAUCCACACAGAGAAGUCCCUCACCCUUGUCUUUGAAUACUUGGACAAGGACCUGAAGCAGUACCUGGAUGACUGUGGGAAUGUCAUCAACAUGCACAAUGUGAAACUGUUCCUGUUCCAGUUGCUCCGUGGCCUGGCCUACUGCCACAGGCAGAAGGUGCUACACCGAGACCUCAAGCCCCAGAACCUACUCAUCAACGAGAGGGGAGAGCUCAAACUGGCAGACUUCGGCCUGGCACGUGCCAAGUCAAUCCCUACUAAAACAUACUCCAAUGAAGUGGUGACGUUGUGGUACCGGCCCCCUGAUAUCCUUCUCGGAUCCACAGACUACUCUACCCAAAUUGACAUGUGGGGUGUGGGCUGCAUCUUCUAUGAGAUGGCCACAGGCCGGCCCCUCUUCCCGGGCUCCACAGUGGAAGAACAGCUGCACUUCAUCUUCCGCAUUUUGGGAACCCCAACUGAGGAGACAUGGCCAGGCAUCCUAUCCAAUGAAGAGUUUAGAACAUACAACUACCCUAAAUACCGAGCUGAGGCCCUUCUGAGCCAUGCACCCCGACUUGAUAGCGACGGAGCUGACCUCCUCAACAAGCUGCUACAGUUUGAGGGUCGCAAUCGGAUUUCUGCUGAGGAUGCCAUGAAACAUCCAUUCUUCCUCAGCCUGGGGGAGCGGAUCCACAAACUUCCUGACACUACUUCCAUAUUUGCACUAAAGGAGGUACAGCUACAAAAGGAGGCCAAUAUUCGGUCUUCUUCUAUGCCUGACUCAGGCAGGCCAGCUUUCCGUGUGGUGGAUACGGAGUUCUAAGCCAAGUUCUAAGCCACAGACCAAGGCCCCAGCAGGCAGCAGCUGGAGGGAUGCCACACCCCUCACAGGGCAGCCCCCAUCUGCAGUCCUCCCUGCUUGUUGCCUGCCUACCUGCCUGAGCCACACUUUGCUACCAACUUGUCCCCUGCCACCUGCCUAAACACCCAACAACUGGCCUGGCCUGUCAACCCAUCCACUGGCCUGUCAAGUCAACCAUUGGCCUGUCUGCUGGGUGCUAACAAAGCUCUCACCACUACUUUGCUUGAUGUGUCUCUGUCUUGGUAGUUGCCGGCGGACAGAAUGGCCAUGUCAGUCUCCCACACUAAGGCUAGGCCUUCCCCUCUUCAUCAUGCUCUCCCCCAGGACCACUACCCCAUGGCCAGCCAGAGGUUUGGAGCUUGCCCAGGCCAGGGCCCUUGAUUGACUUUGAGUAGAAGGUGGUGAUGCCUUGGGUCUGAGGCAUCCUCUGCCUGAUUUCCCACCCGUCCCACCUGCCUCUGUAUGGGCCUUCUUUUUUUGUUAGUUUCUUUUAUUGUUUUUUAUUAUUAUUUUUAAUGAGGUUCUCACUUUUUAAUGCAAUAUCUCUGUAUACAGACUGGCUGGGCCCUACUCCCUGAGUGUUGGCCCUCCUACAGUAUUUUGUGCAAUGAAGUCCCACUCCCAGCCUUUCAGAGGCAGGGACCCAGACCCUGUUCAGAUCCUGACCAUCACUAGACCCUGGGAUUGGCUAUGGGAAAGCAUGCCUCAGCCACCUUCCUCCCCAUCUCGUGUCCCCAGCUAUAGGGGGACCUGAGAACUACCAGAGACUGGGAGAUGGAUAUUUGGGGGCCUAUUUUUUUCCCUCCUUCAGUCCUGUAGCCGGGGCCUCCUUCCUUCUCAGGGUCUCCCCAGCCCAGCUCUGCCUAGCCCUCAUGCCCUGUCCCACUUGGUGCUGUUGAGUAGGGCUCUGCCAGGAUUGACCAGCUUUGUGAGGAGCCAUAUAUAGUAUGUAUAUGUGCACAAGCAGGGGGCAUGUGGGAGCUUGUGCCCAGUUGUUAUAUCCCAGUCCAUGGGAGGGUAAGGCAGGGCAAGGACAGUCUCCUGGAUGGAUGGUUUGCUCCCCUUCCUCCACCCUAAGCCUUGGGACCCUUAAAUGGGGUGGGAGGGCAAGGGAGGGUGCCCUUCUAGUGGGGUUUGGGGGGAUUGGGUUCCUGAAUGCACCAUAAUCGCUGUAUGAAAUAUUAAAAAAAAGUCUAAAA